AUGGGCGAUCUUUGUGCAGGGUUCUUGCUCGAGGAACGAGUGUAUCGCUUUGACGGAUCGACCGUGCUUGUUAUCAAGACCGAUGUGACGCACACAGUGACACAUCAGACGACACAUAUUCUCCCACCCGCCGGGACGCAAAACGCUCUCGACGAGAGCCACAAGAAGGCGUCCGCACAGCAAGCCGCUCGUCGGACAGGCGUGCUCGGCUGCUCGCUCGAUGCCGGCGAGCGCAUUGCGCACGCUUUGGACGGUGGCGAAGCCAAAACACCGAUGGUAGAGGCGGCGCGGCGCGAGAAGGAGGCUGCUGACAAGAGGGCGGAGGAGGAGAAGGCGAGGUGGCGCGCAAAGGCGGCGGAGGCAACGGCGGCCAAGAAGGAGGCCAAGGCGAAGAAGAAGGAGGCCAAGAAGGCGCCGUCUGCCUGCACGCUCGAGGAGGAGCGGAGGGCGAAGGCUGCGGCAGAGGUUCGCGCACAGGAGGAGAGGGCGGCGCAGCUGGCUGCUGAGCAGGAGGCGGCGAGGCGGGCGGAGCGCGAGGCGGCAGAGCUAGCGGGUGCGGCAGAGCAGGCGGCGCUGCGCGAGGAUGCGGAGUUGGCAGAGGCGCUGCGCCGGUCAGAGGUGGAUGCAGAGGAGGCGCUGGUGCGUCGGGUGUCGCGGUGCGAGGAGGCGGUGAGCAGCGAGACGACCGGCGGCGGCGGGGACUUGCUGCGGCGUGUCGAACGGCUGGAGGCAAGCCUCGGCACGGCGACCGAGGGCAGCCUCGAGGAGCGGGUCGGCGCCAUCGAGCGCUUGAUCGGGUCAGAGGCGGGAGAGGCGGCGGAGCAGCAUCUGCCAGUCACCGAGCCGUUUGCUGCCGUCUCACUAGCCGACGCCGGCCUCGACACGGGGCGGCCGGCUGCCCCCGAGUCCACGAUGGGGGGAGAGACCACGUGUAUCGUGUGUUUCGCGAGAGUCAAGUCGCAUGCUGCGGUUCCGUGCGGGCACUUGUGUGCUUGCGGGCCAUGCUCUGAGCUGAUGCGAGAGUGCCCUUACUGCCGCGAGCCAGUGAUGAUGUGGAUGGCGGCGGACCAGCUGAGUAACAAACUUUCGCACGCUCAGCACCUCGAUGAGGUCACAUGGACCACCAAGAACUGGCACGGGCUGCAGAUGCAGCGCUUGUCUGUCGUUCUCCACACCGCCGUGGCGUGGCAGACGGUGAACGAGCUAGCGUGCGGGGACAGCGGCAUUGUGCACGGAGCUAAGUGCAUUGCCGUUCUUAACGGAGUCGCUUAG